AUGCUCGCAGACAGGGAUGAGCAUGUCGCCCGAGAGAAAGGGCUUGCCGCCCUGGCAGUCCAGUCGGGCGAAGAGGUAUUAGAGAUUGGAUACGGCACGGGACACUCUCUAGUCGAACUCGCCCGUCUCACUGGUACCGAAGGCAAGGUUUGCGGCAUAGAUAUCUCCACCGGAAUGCAAGAAGCGGCACUAAAUCGCCUCAAGGAGGAAGGCUUUGCCGAUCAAGUCGAUCUCCGAGUGGGAGUCGUGCCCCCGAUUCCAUGGCCCGACAACUCUUUCGACGUAAUCACGAUGAGUUUCACGCUGGAAUUGUUUCCGCUCGACGAGAUUCCGGGCGUUCUAGAAGAAGUAAAACGGGUGCUUCGUCCAGAGGGACGUCUGGGAGUGGUCUCGAUGUCGGUAACGCCGGAGGGGCAAAAAGACAGCCUCCUGGAAAAGACAUACAAAUGGAUGCACCAGCACUUCCCCCACGCAGUCGACUGCCAGCCAAUUCCGGCGGCGCAAUUGUUGGAAGAUGCUGGAUUCACGAACACCUAUCGUGAAGACCUGGAAAUCUGGACAUUGCCAGUCGUUGUGCUGGUUAGUAAGGCCGGCGUACACCAGUUGUUCGGAGUGGUUGGAGACGCAAUCAAUCCGUUGGUGGAUGCCAUCCGCCGUGAUGACCGAUUUGAAUGGAUUCACGUUCGCCACGAAGAAGUGGCUGCGUUCGCCGCAAGUGCGCAGGCCAAGCUGACGGGCACCCUAGGCGUGUGUGCCGGCACGGUUGGCCCGGGAGCAAUUCACCUUCUUAAUGGCCUUUACGACGCCAAGAAAGAUUCGGCGCCCGUGCUGGCCAUUACGGGUCAGGUGCCGCGCGACGAUGUGGGCAGCGACUAUCACCAGGAAGUUAACCUCGACGCUCUGUUUAGCGAUGUUUCAAUUUUCAACGAAACUCUGAACAGCGUGGGGCAGAUGCCGCGAUUGAUUCAACAAGCCGUGAGCACCGCGAUUUCACGCCGUGGCGUGGCCCACAUUUCGAUCCCUUCGGACUUAGGGCCUGCGAAGGUCGAGAACCCGGGCGAACUUUCCACCGCGAUCCAGCCGAUUGCGGAGGUAACACCCGGGGCCAAAGAUCUGCAGAAGGUGGCGAAGAUCCUCAACGACGCGAAGAAAGUGGCCAUCAUGUGUGGCUGCGGAUGUCGCGACUCGACCGAAGAACUGCUGGCCAUCGCCGAAAAACUGCAAGCGCCCAUCGUGCAUGCCUUGCGGGGAAAAGACCUGGUUCCGCACGAUCAUCCCUACUGGGUCGGCGGAACCGGGCUGUUGGGCUCGAAAGCAGGCCAUCACGCCAUCGAAGAGAGCGAUGUGCUGCUGAUGGUCGGAACCGACUUCCCCUACCGCGCCUGGCUCCCGCACGACAAGAAAGUGGUGCAGAUCGAUAUCCGGCCCGAGCACAUCGGAAAGCGUUGUCCCGUACAGGCCGGACUGGUCGGUCAUGCGGGCUCCACCCUGGCGGCACUGACUGAGCAUGUCGACAAACGGAGCGACAGCAGUUUCCUCAAGGAAAUCCAAAAGCGAAGAGAGUCAUGGCAGAAGUCGUUGGAUGAGGAAGCCGAUGUCAAACGAAGCUCCGACCUGAUCCACCCCCAAGCCAUCGCGGGCAUCGCUGGAGAGCUGGCCGACGACGACGCCGUGUUCUGCGUCGAUACCGGUGAGGUAACGGUAUGGGGAGCGAGACAUAUGAAACUUCGCGGCACCCAGCGUUAUCUCAUGUCGUUCAAUCUGGCCUCCAUGGCGUUCGCCAUGCCGGGAGCGUUGGGCGUUCAGGCGCUCGACCGGAAGCGGCAAGUGAUCGCCUUCUCGGGCGAUGGCGGCUUUAGCAUGUUGAUGGGUGACUUCAUCACCGCGGUGAACUUCGAUCUGCCGAUCAAGGUGAUCGUCUUCAAUAAUGGCAAGCUGGGCCUGGUGAAAAUGGAAAUGGAAGUGGCCGGCUAUCCAGAGUACGGCACCGACUUGAAAAACCCCGAUUUCGCGGCCAUCGCCAAGGUCUGCGGUGGCGGGGGGAUUCGUGUUACCGAGCCGGGGAAACUUCAAGGCGCCAUCAAAGAGGCGUUCAGCACCCCGGGGCCCUUCCUGGUCGACGUGGUGUGCAACGGCGAAGAAUUGACGAUGCCGCCCAAGAUCGAAAUCGCGCAGGCCUGGGGAUUCAGUCUGGCCAAGCUGAAAGAGAUGGCAAUCUCAACCGGCAAAUGA